GUGGGUCCGCCGACCCAAUCUUUCUAAGUGGCAUUUGCGAAAUCUGGCCGAACUCCUGAUUUCAACGCCGACUUUACUAAACUUCAAUCUUCCCUCCCCUUUUUCUCCCUAUUAUUUACAUAUAAGAUAGCAAGACGAACUACUGUGUCCAUAUUAACCGACAAGAUGAGUGCGCUUGCAACAAAGCAGCAGUCGCAGAAGAUCUUCGAGAAAUUGAAGACCAAGCCUGCGAAUAGGAUAUGUUUUGACUGUGGUCAAAAGAAUCCUACCUGGACAUCGGUACCCUUUGGAAUCUACCUAUGUCUCGACUGUUCCUCUAAUCACCGCAAUCUCGGUGUCCACAUCUCCUUUGUGCGCUCCACCAAUCUUGAUCAAUGGCAAUGGGACCAGCUACGUGUUAUGAAGGUUGGUGGCAAUGAGUCUGCUACGAAGUAUUUCCGCGCAAAUGGAGGUAGCGCAGCUCUUGCCAGCAAGGAUCCGAAGACUAAGUACCAAUCAAACGCGGCAACCAAGUACAAGGAAGAGCUAAAGAAGAGAGCCGCACGAGACGCACUCGAGUACCCAGAAGAAGUUGUCGUUACCGACGUAGCUGGCGAUGGUGCCGAGUCGGCCACUCCCAACAGCGAACCGAGUGACGAUUUCUUUUCUUCGUGGGAUAAGCCGUCGAUCAAGAGACCUACACCGCCCAUCUCCCGAACUAGCACCCCCCCUGUUGUUGGCCGAACUAACUCACCGUUCCUUAACGCCGGCGCCAACGGCAAGGAGAUUUCCCGAUCUUCUUCGCCCCUAUCUAAAUCUGACUCUACUUCCGAUGCCAAACCCUCUGCUAGCCGAAUCACCACAUCUGCCGCUCUUCGAAAGAACAACACGGCUGGACCCCGUAAAGCCAAUGUUCUAGGUGCAAAGAAGACUACUGCUAAGCUUGGAGCUAAGAAGGUUACUGGUGAUAUCAUCGAUUUCGACGAGGCUGAGAAGAAGGCUAAAGAGGAGGCUGAGCGAAUUGCGAAGUUAGGCUACGAUCCGGAAGCCGAAGAGGCUGAGGCAAAACAAACUAACACAACCAAGACUGAGGCCACUAAUGUUAUUUCCCCUACACCGGUGAACCCACGUGGAUAUGGCUCUGGUCACAGCCGCGAGAAGUCCGCUGCCGAAGUUGAGCGUCUAGGUAUGGGUGUUGGAAGAUUAGGCUUUGGACAGGUCGGAGGCGGCAAGUCUGCUGCUAGCGCCGCUCCCAAGAAGAAUGCUGGUGGAUUCGGAUCAGUUGGACCCGUUAAGGCAGCUGCUGAAGAUGACGACGAGCGCUACGCACGAAACAAAUUCGGUAACCAGAAGGGCAUUUCCUCCGACGAAUUUUUCGGAAAGGGUUCUUUCGACCCUAACGCCCAAGCUGAAGCAAAGACGCGUCUACAAGGAUUCGAAGGCGCCACCUCUAUCUCGUCUAACGCGUACUUCGGCCGACCCGAAGAAGAAGAUUCCGCAGACGAUUAUGGCGAUCUCGAGUCUGCCGCCAAGGACUUUGUUCGCAAGUUUGGCAUCACUGCCGGCGACGAUCUCGACAACCUGACCAGCGCAUUAGGCGAGGGUGCCACUCGACUUCAAGGCGCUAUUCGAAACUACCUGAAUGGUUAAAUUAAUUGGACAUGGCUGUAAAAAUAAGCUCGGGAAGAUUGAUAACUUCAGGGUUAAUGGUUUAGGAGACGAAAAGGACACCCGGUCUACGAUAUUGACCAAUUGGGGACGGUCAGAAAGAGCCGAUUGUGGCAACACCAGGUUGAUACCGCAGGGCAUACAUGAGACAAGAUGCAAUGAGGGUACGAACGGUACCACGAACACAAUAAGGCCGUAUCGGUCUACGAUUUGGACGUUAUAGAGAAAGUAGCAUGGUAUGCAUAGUAAUGAAAACUGAUUAUUCAAAUGUUCUCAUGUGUUGUGCUUGCUCAAAAAAUCAUUAUUGAAUA